CCAAUUCUUUACUCGUUACCAUAUUGUUUGUUGUUUUGUGGGUUGAUUAUGUUUUUCUGGGUUGUUGGGAUCAAUGCCUCCCAACGCGUUGGGCUUAGUAGGAAUCCAGCCACUGGUUAGAGCUUGGCUGGUCCGCGUCGAGGCUUCGUUGACGCAGUGCGAAGGGUAAGGAGCAGACCUACUUCGUGCGAGCCAGGCCAGUUGAAUUGGAUCCCGCAUUGAGGCAUUGGGGUUGUGCGCACGCCUUGAUUUGUCACAGUAUUGGGUUGGUAGCAGCGAUUGCAGAAGACUGGUAUUGACGCGCAGAGAUUGAUGAAGGAUUAGGAGGAGGAGGAUUGAGAGUAGCGGUAACGAUGUCGACUGGAAUGCGUGUUGGCCUGGUCGGGAGGAGAGGGAAGGCCAAGGACUUUGCGAAAAAUUUGUUGGGGAAGAAUGAGAAAUGGAAAAUGGACAAGAUAUAUCCGAAGGGAAGAAAGAAUUCGGAUUCGAGCUUGGAUCCGACCUCGGAUCAAAGGUUAAUGGAGGAUCGGAGUAUACUUGGUUUCAAAGUGCGGCCGCAGCAUUUGGAGGAAUACCUCAAGCACCAGAAAACGUCUGAGUUGGAAGAAAUUGCAAGGUUGGACUGCUGGGUUCAAUUCCUUCAAACGUACAGCGAUCCCGGUGGCAGUGGUAGAGCUGAAUCCGCAACUGACGAGGCGGAAUCUGGAUGGUGGGUUGUUGAGGAGGCUUUGGCCUGGAGGAAAAGAGCAAAGGAGAACAAUGAAUUUGAAGAUGGAGUGUCUGAUAGUAGAGGACGAUAUGGUGUGCAAGAUGGGGGUAAUAUUGGAGCGUGUCAUUGGGCGGAGGAGCUCCGAACUCUUGUGUGGGGCGGCGUUCCAUCAGGAUUGAGAGGCGAGAUGUGGCAGAUUUUUUCGGGUGCAAAGCAACGACGCGUAAAAGGGUACUACAAUGAUCGCCUUGGUAGAGAUGCAGAAGGUGCCGAGCCUAGUGAUGCAUCCUACGAGGACAAGCUUCCUCCAUUUAAAUCACGGCCUCUAGAGAAGUGGGCUAGUCAAAUCGAGAAGGAUCUAUCAAGGACAUUCCCUGGUCAUCCUCAGCUUAAAGAGGAUGGGCUGGGCCAGCUUAGGCGUAUCCUAACAGCGUAUGCACGACAUAAUCCUUCCGUUGGAUACUGUCAGGCAAUGAAUUUUCUUGCUGCCCUCUUGCUUCUUUUAAUGCCCGAAGAAGAUGCUUUUUGGACAUUGACAUCAUUAAUUGACGGCUAUUUUGAAGGUUACUAUACGGAGAAAAUGGCUGAAGCGCAGAUAGAUCAGCUUGUUUUUGCGUCACUAGUGUUCGAUCACAUUCCUGAAUUAGCGGAUCAUUUGAAAGCUGUAGAUGUGGAGGUUUCGUGGUUUAGUGGCGCCUGGUUUCUCUCUAUCUUUGUGAACGUUCUGCCUUGGGAAAGCGUCUUGAGGGUCUGGGACGUGCUUUUGUAUGAAGGAGAUCGCAGUAUGUUGUUUCGAACUGCUAUGGCCCUCUUGAAGACGCAUGCUGAUGAGUUAAUUCAACGUGACAACGAAGGAGUUCUAUCAUUGUUGCAAUCAAUGGGUGAGACUGCAUUCGACAGCAACGAACUUAUCAUACUAGCCUGUACUGAAUUUCGAAUGAUUGAUGACGAAAAGCUCGAGAAACUACGAAGCAAACAUCGACCUGCUUUGAUUGCUUCUCUCCAUCAGAGAUCACUAGAUUUACGACAAUGGCGCAUUUCUCAGGCGGCCAAGCAAGAGACGAUUGAAUCACACGAGACCUCAAUUCCUGCAGUAUCCUCACUGAAUAUCGCAGAGGAUGAAGAGAAGAUUCCUUUGGAAGAGCCCCAACUUAGCAGUCCAAGAUCCUUGAGUGGUGCAGAAGAUGAAAAUAGUAGUGAUUUGGAUUCUCAAUUCAGUUGCCAAAAGUCCUUGAAUGAUGCAGAGGAUCGAGAGAGGGGUAUUUUUGAAUCCCAACUUAGUAUUCCAAAGUUCUACGAAUAUGCUGACGAUGUGGAUAGUAGCUUAUUGUCACCCCUGUUCAGUCCCUCAAUGUUCCGCAAUUUCCAACCCAAACUUAAUACCUCAAAGUGCUUCAAGUCUGGAUCAUAUUCACGAAUCGAUGAAAGAAUUGAAUACGAUGAUGCACAGAUAUUCGAUCUGCAUAAACAGGUGGAAGAAUUGAAGGCGCAAGUUGCUCAUUUAGAAGAAACUCUAGCCAACCAGGAGGAAACCAUUACUCAGGCGCAUGUGCUAGAACACAAGAAGGCAGAGGAAUCCCGCCAGCGUGCAGAAGAGGAUCUACAAAUUGCUAAUAAAGCACUGAGAAGCACCGUAGAACAACUGGCAUCGAUGGAAGAGCGGGCACUGUUGGCAGAGAGCAGGUUACAAGCAAUGGAAAAGCGAGCAAUGUCAGCUGAGAAAAGGCUUGAAGGAAUGGAAAGAAGGGCAGUUACGGCCGAGAGCAUUCUAGAAACAGUUGGCAAGCGAACAGCAGAAGAACUAGCAGCAAUGGAAAAGCGCGCCGUGAUGGCCGAGAGCACACUGGCGGCAACACUAGAAUUCCAUGCCAAUUCUGUUCCUUCAGCUAAACGUAGCGCAGAAUCUAAAUUAAAGGGCAGUGAAAUGAAUAACAGUUCAGCCUUGCAUCAGCAAACAAUUCCGAACAACCUCGGAUAUGAAUUAACUCAGAUGUUUGGCAAUGGGGUUAGCCAAGGAGAAAAAUUCCAACAUAGAAGUGGUCGGCAUGAAGGUGUUAGACAAGACGGUGAUUCGGCAUGGGAGAGAAGCCAGAAUGUUAGGAGGCAGGAAGAAGCAGAAAUACUUGCUAGAUUAACGGCCAACAAAAAAACCGUGAUGAGCCGACCUUAUGUUUUGCAAGAGAGGAAGGUUUAUACGGAUCACAAGAAAGACGAUCUACACCUUCAGGAAGUUGGAGGAUCAUCCUCUGGAUCUCUACAUUCAUCAUCUUCGCAAAUUAAAAAGAUAGGGAAUAUCCAAUACAACAAUUCUCCACCUGAACUCGUAAAGCUGCAAUACAUCAAACGAGGGCUAUGAGCGCGAAAAAUUAUAACAUAAUUUUGGCAAUCAACUCGCUUUUAAGGGAAGACUAAUUAACAGUUGGAACGUCUUGCACACGCCACGUAUGUAAGUGUUUAAGGUGUUUAAGCUCCCUUUUAAAGUAUGUGGCACUCAUUAAGCUGGAGCUGCAGAUCGAACGUAGCAUAGAGUCGUUCACGAACCGAAGAGGGCAUUAUAUUUUCCAUGGGUGUUGGGAAAGAGCCUUAGAUUCACUUGUUUUGGUGACCUUCUGGCACCGAAGUGAAGAAUAGAGGACAAGGAGAACAUACAGCUUAGAAUAUUCCCACAAUUGGUGUAAUUCACGAAGUUUCAUUCUCUGUAGACAAUAACAAGUUCGAUUUCAUGUACUUUUGUUUUAA